AUGUUCAUCUCGCAAAGAGCAUCAUCGUCAUCAUUCCUCGUGGGAACGACCCAAACGCGAUUGGAUUCUUCGUCUCGUCGCAGUGGGACGAAGAAGAGUAUUAAUAACAGAGGAGGAAAAGGAGAAAGAGGAGGACGCGCGGUUUUCAGACUCGAUGCUUCGGCGAACGACGGUAGUAAAGAUGAUCCGAUUCUCUUGAGAGCGGCUCGUGGGGAAGACGUCGAACGGCCGCCGGUGUGGUUGAUGAGGCAGGCUGGGAGAUACAUGGCGGAAUUCAGAGCGUAUUCGGAGAAGUAUCCUUUUCGCCAUCGGUCGGAGACGCCGGAAAUUGCCAUCGAGUUGUCCAUGCAACCAUGGAGAGCGUUUAAGCCGGACGGAGUGAUUAUGUUUUCGGAUAUUUUGACGCCGUUGCCAGCGCUUGGGGUUGAGUUUGAUGUCGUCAGAGGGAAAGGACCGGUCGUAGAACCGGUGCGGUCGAUGGAAGAGGUGAAAAAGUUGAAGACGUUGGACGAUCCAGAUUCGAGCUUGCCGUUUAUUCGUCCGAUUUUGAGCACGUUGAGGAAAGAGAUUGAAGGUCAGAGCACGAUGCUCGGAUUUAUUGGCGCGCCGUGGACGUUAGCGGCGUACGCGAUUGAAGGGAAAUCGGACAGACACUUGGUCGUGACGAAGCAAAUGAUGACGAAGAAUCCAGAAAUUUUACACGCGUUUUUGGCGCAUUUAGCCGAAGCGUUGGGGGUGUACGUGUGCCAUCAAAUUGAUUGCGGCGCACAAGUUGUGCAGUUAUUCGAUUCGUGGGCGCAUCAUUUGUCGCCCCAACAGUUUGCGGAGUUUUCGCAUCCAUACAACGAACGCGUGAUGGAAAUCGUGAGAGCGAAAUAUCCGGACACGCCGUUGAUUUUCCACGCGAACGGGGGACAUGGAAAGUUACACGAAAUUAAGAGAUCCACUGCGGAUGUUAUUGGAUUAGAUUGGGAGACGGACAUGGCCGAGGCGCGAUCGAUCAUGCCGGAUCGAAUUUUGCAAGGGAACAUGGACCCGAUGUAUUUGUUCGCCUCGGAGGAGAGAAUUCGAAAAGAAGUCGCAAACAACGUGAGAGAUGCCGGGAACUCGAAGCAUAUUUUGAAUGUCGGGCACGGAGUGGUCCAAGGCACGCCAGAAGGAAACGUUGGUGCUUUUUGCGACGCCGCGCGUGCUUCAGUCUACGCGGACAUGAAGGCCCCAGCUCGUUAA